AGCGCUGCCGGCCGCUCCGAGAGCGUUGGGUCGCCCGAAGCGCCGCGCGUCCCCGCGGGCCGGGGGGUUGGGGGGGUACGGAGCUGCCUCGGAGGGAGAGGAUGGACAGCGAGGUGCAGAGGGACGGCCGCAUCCUGGAUCUGAUCGAUGACGCGUGGCGGGAGGACAAACUGCCGUACGAGGACGUGGCCAUCCCGCUGAAUGAGCUCCCUGAACCAGAGCAAGACAAUGGAGGUACAACGGAGUCUGUGAAAGAGCAAGAAAUGAAGUGGACAGAUUUGUCUCUGCAGUAUCUCCAUGAAAACGUCCCUCCCACGGGAAACUAAUGAAUCCAGGGGACUUCCUGUAAAAUUAUGUCUUCUGUUAACUUAUUCUUUAGUCAGUACCAGUUCUGUUCUUAAAUGUUUUCUACACGUGAUAAAAAUGUACUUUUCACUA